AGAUCGUGGCGGCCGUGCAUUCAGUUGCACCGGGCUUCUCUUCGCGAUAGCCAUUGUGAUCCCUAACGACGUCUGUCCUUGGUGAGUUUAAUCCGUUCAGUUUACGUGCAUCUGUGACUAUUUAGUGAAGAAAUUGAAGAAAGGCGUGACAUUUAAUCAAUUACCAAAAUGGCGGCCGAACCUGAUAUGCCCACUUUCAAAUGCGUCCUGGUUGGUGAUGGUGGUACUGGAAAGACCACAUUUGUUAAACGCCAUCUUACAGGAGAGUUUGAGAAGAAGUACGUUGCAACCCUUGGUGUAGAGGUUCACCCCCUUGUGUUCCACACUAACAGAGGACCAAUUCGGUUCAAUGUCUGGGACACUGCCGGACAGGAAAAGUUUGGAGGGCUCAGAGAUGGUUACUACAUCCAGGGUCAAUGCGCUAUCGUCAUGUUUGAUGUCACAUCCAGAGUUACAUAUAAGAAUGUCCCCAACUGGCACAGAGAUUUGGUUCGAGUCUGUGAAAACAUCCCUAUUGUUCUAUGUGGUAACAAGGUUGAUAUCAAGGACAGAAAGGUGAAGGCCAAAAGCAUAGUAUUCCACAGGAAGAAGAACUUGCAGUACUAUGACAUUAGUGCAAAGAGCAACUACAACUUUGAAAAGCCCUUCCUGUGGCUCGCCCGCAAGCUGAUUGGAGACCCCAAUCUUGAGUUUGUUGCCAUGCCUGCCCUUGUUCCUCCAGAAGUUACCAUGGAUCCCCAAUGGCAGCACCAGAUCGAAAAGGAUCUCAAGGAAGCGCAAGAGACAGCACUGCCAGAGGAUGAAGAAGAGCUGUAAAUCUGUGAAAAUUAACAAAAUUGUACUGAGUGAAUUGGAAGACCUGUGUUUUUAUGCCAUGGGCAUAUACCGUGUUGUGUGUAACAAGGGAAGGAAAAUAGUCACGUGUGUGUGAAUUGUCUGCCGGAAAAUGCCUUGGACUGUUAAAUAUUUUUAUAGUAUGUGUGUCGCACCUGUAUGGAUGUUUCUUUCCCUUACGUUGUUUUUUUUAAUUUAACUGUUUUGUCACAGCAUUAAUACUAAUAUCUGGGACUUAAUGUAUUUGUCUGAAUUGUAAGGUACUCUUUUUAAGCAUAGGAUUUGGCUAAAUAUCCUUUUAUUAUUUGUUUAAUGACAACCAUGCUGUUACUGUAAUGAAAUCCUCCUGAUACUGUUACAUCAUGAGGCAUAGCUCUCAGACUCGUUCACUUGUCAAGGUAUGUCAUGUGCUAACGAAAUAAAUUUCAAAUUCUGGAUGCUGAGAA